ACCGGAAGUACUUUGUGUCAGUUACCUCCCAUACAGGUAUCGUACAAUGGCGGACACAAAAUACUAUGAGGUUGAAAAGCUCGUGAAGAAAAAAGUGGAAAAUAAGAAAGUAAUGUAUCUAGUUCGAUGGAAAAAUUUUGGACCAGAAUAUGAUACAUGGGAACCAGCAACUAAUCUCAAAACAUGUUAUAUGGCAUUUAUUGAUUUUGAAAGGAGACAAAAAUGCAUAAAGUCAUCUUCGGUAGCUGCAAAACUUCUAAAGAAGAGCAGGGAACUGUCCAACAAAUCCAGUAUUGCACGGCUUUCUAAUAGUUCUACAACAAUUAGAAACUCUACCAAGAACAAAAGUCAUAAGAUUAAAGAACUUAAAGCUAAGCCCAAAAAACUUGGCAUAGUGGCACCAUUGACAAAACAAAGCAAAACGCUGAAACAAAUGGAUGAUCGUAAAAAGAACACUACAAUAUCAUUGUCAAAGAAAACACCUUCAAUAACUGAGAAAAAGACUGCCACAAAGAGAGAGGGGCAGCUCCAUUCUUCUUACAAGAAGAAAAAGAAAAUUUUUUCACCAUUGAAACGACAGUUAGAAGUUGGAAGUCCUGGUAAAAAGGAUGACACAAAAGAAAAGAAACAAAAACUGCAAAUUCGAAAGACAGGAAGUCUUGCAAAAAAAUAUUCCAAAUCAAAAAAGAAAGUGAACAAUUAUAGCACUGACAAUCUAGCUAAUUUUGUUGUUGAUAAUGCUGUGAAUGAGAUGACACCAAGUGUUGACAAUACAGAGAGGAUAGCGCAAACAUUAUAUUCAAAGGAGAAAAUACCAGCAUAUAAAACACUCCAGAAAUCCAAACAUAUAACAGAUAAUAACAAUAGUACAUUCAGUGAAGAUGAGUUUGAUAGUGAUGAUGACAGUAUUUUGUACUCACUUAAUGAGCCAGAAUCUGGGCAUAAAGAGAGUGAGCAUAAGAAACAUCAAAAACAGAAAAAAUCCUUGAGUGACAAACAGAGUGUGAAGAAACUCUCAAAAAAAGCUUCGCAAACAUUUGGAAGCUCACUGCUUCCCAGCAAAAAUUCAAGAAAAAGGAUGUCACUGCUGGACUUCAAGAAGCCUAAGAGCAAACAGAAGCAAGCUCCUUUUGCCCACCUCCUUCGUCCAUCUUCACCAACUCCAUUUUUCACCCCUUUGAAAGCAGCAGCACACAGUCCACUGCGUGGUGCACUGAUGCCAUCCAGCAGCUCUCUCACCAUGGAUAGCCUUGUUGGGGAUGUACCAGCUUACCAAGCAGCACCAACAGGGCCUCUAAGCCCAUCCUCCAUGUCCUACAAAAUUCUUCUAGAUGACCUUCCCAGUCAGUUACAUCCACGGUCUAAAGGGAGUAAGAAGAAAGAAAAUGGCAGUGGUGUUAGCAGCACCACCUGCGGAAGUGGGAGGGAUGCAGGGGACAAUGAAAACAUCCAGGUAGCAGAACCCAUUGAAAGACGCAUCAGUGUUCGGGCCACUGAAUGUGUCUUCCGGUACAAGCAGAUUGUGGUGAAGAAAUGCCAUCGCUACACCCAGAUCUGGCUUAACACCCAGACAACAUUGAAGAAUGCCUUUAAUCCCAGUGUGGUACAGGAAGUUGUCGCAGCCCUCAACACAGCCAAAUAUGAUGAUAGCAGUCUUGUGCUGUUUGGUGGCAUUGGCAAUGUUUUCAGCUCUGGCACUGAUCUUCAUUUCCUUGUGACAGGGGAUAGACGAGUGGCAGCCAGACAAAUGGCUGAUGCUCUCAGGGAGCUUACUAAAGCAUUUAUCACCUUUCCAAAGCCAGUCAUGGCAGCAGUUGGUGGGGCAGCUGAGGGGCUAGGAGUUGCAUUGCUGUGCCUUUGUGACGUGGUCUACUCUAGUGACAAGGCUUCUUUUCAUCUGCCAUAUUCUAACCUUUCCCAGACGCCUGAAGGAUGUUCCUCUUUCACCCUUCCAUUAGCCUUGGGACUGGCAUCAGCCAAUGAACUGCUAUUUGGUGGACGAUGCAUUACAGCUAUGGAGGCUUAUCAGCUAGGACUGGUAUCACACGUCUUCUGGCCCACUGCUCUUAUGCAGGAAGUCAUACCAAGGGCCGAGAACAUGGCAAGCUGUUCCGCCAAGGUGCUGGAGGGUACAAAGCUGCUGAUUCGGUCUCAUCAUCGCACCAAACUGGAACUGACCAAUGAGACAGAGUGCAACUUGCUGUUGGAACGAUGGUCUUCCAAUGAGUGUCAGCGUGCCAUUGAAGCAUAUCUAGCAAAUGAGAACAAUUUUUCCCACUGACACAAACACAAAAUUUCAUUUUGGAUGUCCCACAUAUUGAUGGCAGCUUGACACCAGAUGAUGUAAGAUGAAACUUUAAGAUUCUUUAAACAUUAAGUCUUCUUGCUGCAAUUUUUGUAUGUACAGUAAUGCUCAGAUGCAAUUGUGUCUUUACGAUAACAAUAGUAACAUAGACUAUUGCCAGUAUGAGUUUUUCUGAACUAUUAACAUUCCUUUUGCAGUUCAGAUAAAAUUUGUAUUAUUGGCAUCUAGUUUGUUCAUGUAACAACAGAAAGUAGGAGGGACAAAUGGAUGCCACUCCCACUUCUCUCCCAAGAGAACACAAUUUUAUCCUAUAAAUUUUUCCUUUUCUAGAAUCUCCAUUGUAUGUUUUAUAAUGAUCAAAUCAUGUUUCUCUUUAAAUAAUUAUAACCCAUCAAAUCCAUUAUAUACCUCAAAAAACAAUAGCAAAUUGUAGUUUAAAUGAAUCAAAGCUCUAAUUUAAUGUCACAUUUUUGUUGUUGUUGAAAUACUCAGUUCUUCGCUUCUUGGCUUUUGGAAAUUCCGGUACAGCAUUGCCUUACUUUUGCCAUUUAUCUUAUUAUUAGAAAUUAGGUGUGACUGAUGUAUUCUUGUCAAAAAUGCCUUAUAUAAUAUGAUUUUGUAACUAUCAUAUAGGUUGGUCACUCAAAAGCUGGCAAAAGCACUUAAAGAAGUUUAAAUCUUUUUAAAUUUAACAUGCUGUGGGCAAGAAUUUUAAAAGAAUUUUAAGGUGGGCUGUGAAGUAUUUGUCUUGAGUAAUGAAAAGUGCAGUUAUGAAGGUAGCUGGAUCUGUUUCUAACUCACAGUUUAUAUACAUUUUAAAUCCUUGGUAUGAUAAUAAUGUCAUUGAUUUUACUUGGUUCUUCACAUUGCAGGAAAUUUUCGAUGUGUAUCUUCCUGUAGGCAUAACAAUGUCAAAUGAUGCAAAGAUUUGGGGUUUCACAGGAGAAUCCUUUCUUUGAAGGUUGUAUUUACACACCUUGUGAUUUGUCAGUUAAUGUCUUGAUAACUAAGAUGUACUCCAUGCAGUAAGUUGGAUUGUCUUUGAGCUUAUCAGAUAUUUUAGAGAAACUUGCAGAACUUCUGUUGCUUGUGUUUCACUCAGGGAUGUUUGCAAGAUGUAUACAGGCAAAUGUACAGUUGUAAAACAGGUACAAUUACUAAGAUUUUGACACUGCAUCCAAUUUAGCAGCUGUGAAUCUUGCCUAGCAGUUUUGUUUGUAAAUUUUUAUUGAGGAAAAAAGUUGAGCAUGUCAAAGAUAUAGCAGCAUAUUUUCUGUCUACUGCAAUGAAAGGCCAUAAUCCUAGUAAUUGCAAAAUGAAUAUCUUGUAAACAUAUUAAGACUGAGAAGGAAGUGCUGAAGGAUGUCAGUGGGUAGCUUAUUGUAUUUCACAGAGUUUCUCACGGAGCUAGUUGUCUUGCUGAUGUUGAGCUGCCAUUCAAAAGCACAGGUGUAUACGAGCUUGCAUACCAACAUUUCUUACAUAAAGCCUUACGCAUCUAGCUUAAUUAGAGCCUCUGACAUGUACUUCAGGACACAACCAUGUUAAAUACAGGUACCUGUCAGCAGCAACCAACCUCUUUAGUGAGAAAUAGCAAAGAACUUUUAUACCGGGGAUGCUAUGAAAAGUAUCAAGAUAGUACAUCAUUUUGUCUGUUUCCCAAUCUGUGUGGUGCCAUAUUGUUAUUGGUGAGCAGCACAUUUAUUUUAAACCAUUUACCUUUUUAUUAUUCAAAAGGCAGUAAUCUAUGCCACAAAGUGUUCUGAAUGCAAACUUGCUUAGUCAUGGUUUACAUUGUCUGUGUUCUGUUGGACAGUUGAUAAAACCAGUAAGAUGUGGUUUGUUAGAAUUAUUAUUUUACUUUUACAAUUCCACCAGUUUCUUCUCUUGUUGCUUGAAUUGUAAAUCUGUGACUCAUAAAUAUAGACUGCCAUCUAGUGGGGGUUGGAAUAUCAUCACUCUUCAGUACCUUGAAUUUAUGAUCGUGGGCAGCAUAUUUUGGCAGCUUUUUUAAAAACUGGGUUUAUCUCUGCACCUAUCAGUUGAAAACUUCAAAUCCCGGAUCUAAUUUUACGUUUUUUAGAAUUUUUUAGUCUUUUUUUUUUAACCAGCCUUUCUUUUAUUUUGAUUAUUUAGAUUAAAACUUGUUUUUAUAACUAUUUCUUACUUCAGGGUAAUUUUUUUUUCAUCAAUUUAUUUCCUCAUAUUCUGUAUUCUUUACUUUUGGGAGUGUAUUAUUAUUUUUAUUUUUUUUAACCGCAAUGGCUUGUAAAAAUGUGGCAGUCAUACCUUCUUAAAAUGUUUGCAGCGAUGUUGCUUCUGAUUAUCAUGAUUUAGUCUGCCUUGGGCUGCAGCUAUAAAAACCGAUAUUGUAAAGAUCUACAUUUUGUGUACAGUCCAUAACUAUGCCUACAGAGUCAGUGCUGUGGUAGGCAUAGUUAUGGACUGUACACAGUGCUGUGGGUAUUUUCAGUCCACAGGUUUGCCAGUGCUGUAGGUAUUUACAGUCUGCAGCUUUUGCUACAGAAAGUUUGCCAGGGCUGUAGGUAUUUAGCAGAGGUAAAGGAUGCUCAUGGGUAUGGAUGUAUCACCAAUUCUUCUCACAUCUCUGAAUAAUGAUAAUGCCAAGGCCUUGUCAGAAAAACUGAAUUGUUUUGCUUAGUUACUGUCAUCCACAUCCUUAAUACUUUAUGUCAGAAGCCUUUUAUUCUGGUACAGUCGAACUUCUGAAAGUCAAAGGUUCAAGGGACCGAUGAAGAAAAUGGUGUUAUGGAAGUUUGUUGAAAAAAAGAACAUUUUUUUCACUGUGGACGUUUCUCGGGUACCCUGUGGAGACGGAGUUGCACUUAUUGCACACGAGCUUCCUAUACAGAAAGAAUAUGGGAGCACAGGGUCGAUAGGGGAACAGUACACGAUUUUACACUUUCCAAUGUAUUUUCAAAUGGCUUCAACAUGCUGAGCAGCUUAAAAUUAUCCGAGCUGUAAAAGUUUUUGGUUAGACCAAUUUGAGCAACGGAAGUUAAGUAUGCAUUUAUUUAAUAGAAAACCAACUGAUGUUUCAAAUUCGAGAAUUUCGACUUCUUUUCCUGUAAAAGGCUACUAUAUACUCUUUCUUAAAGGCCAAGAAAACUGCAUGUCUUUUCUGUUUUCAAACAACAGAGCAUGGUUGGUGAAUACAAAGUUCAGAGUAGAUUUUGAGAGUAAAUGAAUGAGUGCUAGCCCCCCUACUUCAGCAUAAAACUAAACUCAUGCUCACAGACUUUAGUCAAGUGUACAUGUUCCUUUAUAACUGGGCACCAAUCUACUUAUCUUGAAAUUUUGAUGCAAUUCUUUGUACAUCAUCACCCUGCUAUUGCAGUGUGCUUUUUGUGUUUGCAAUUGAGAGAAUCUCCAUUUCUUUUCAGCAAGUAUUUGAACCCAGAUCAGUUCUUGUCUUCAUUUCAUACAUUAACAUGUACAUAACCUUUAUUUAUUGUUAAAUUUGAUCUGAAUUCAGAUCCAGAUUUAUGAAAGAUAUGUUUUUAUUUUAUGCCAUUCUUUAUGCUUUGUCAUUCUCAACAAGCACUUUAUAUGUUGUCAAAACAGUGCUUUGUACUGAUUCAUUUUUAGAGGACAGCUAGUGACGCACAUUUGAUGCAUUAAAAAUGUCUUUAAAAGUGUUUCAAGGGUAUGUUUUCAUCAGUUUCAUAAAAACACUUGGACAAGAUAUGCAAUAUCAAUAAAACAGAUUGUGCUAAUAGCUACAAGCUAAUGAAUGAGCCUUUAAGUGGACUGCAUAUCAUUAUUUCUCGUAAUAUCCUUCAUUAAGGCCAUAGAAUAGUGUGCACACAUUGAGGGAUGGAUGGUCAGUGGUUCAACUGAUUCUCCCUCCACCCCUAUAAUCAGGGGAAUGCAACAUUUCAAUGGGGCUUUGAGUUCUCUUACAAUCUGUUUCAUACUGUCCUUAAGUAUUUGAAUAUUUUAUGUAAAAAAGUAUUUCACUUUUCUAUUUUUGACAGGAUUGUAAGUUGAAUCUUAAAGAUCAAACUUCCACCAUCCACACAGAAAAAAUAGUUCAACCCUUGGGAGGAAGUUGAAGUUACUUGUCAGACCAGAUAUAAAAAAAUUAAUAAAGUACCAUGCAUGCUUCUCAACUUACUCCCUGGCUAGAACCAUUCUUUCCUGCCCUUAUAUGGAAGUUCAGUCUUUAACUAGAUAAAAUCAUGACUGUUUACAUUUCACAUGGAGCUUAUCCAAACUUGUAUGUAUUACUCUGUACCUGAUCAAUGUACUUUUACAUAAAAAGUCAAUAGUAAAAAUUUUGAUAGCUUUAUGGAUUUGUGAGGUUUGUUGUUAAUAAAUUCUGACCAAUG